UCAAAAUUAUUUUAUAUAUCAAUGUUAUUACAUUAAAUAUUUUAACUACAAAUUAAGAAUUUUUUUUUUAUAAUAACUGCUAUGUUAUAGUUUAUAUAUCGUGAGAUAGUCAUGAUUUUACAAGGUUAGGUUAGAUGGAAAGUUACAUGGUCACUACUCAACAUAGCGUGUUUGGGUGUGGUUAAUACCGUGAGAUCUUUAAAUCAGUAGAUUUGAAUUGUUUGUCAUACGCAUUGUGCUAUAUUGUGAUUUUUAGUAUUCACAAAAUAAUUUUUUAUCAUGAAAAAAAGAAGUUUUUCCGGCAAUAUUGGUGUCGGUGUUUUUAUCAUUGCUUUUGUGUGUGUUUGCGUUGCAUUUAGUACACCAGCAUGGUUGGUGAGCGAUUAUCGUAUUACUGGUGCGAAACUUGAUAAAUUAGGCCUUUGGACUCAUUGCUUUAGAUCACUUCCAAAUCCUCAAGAAAUGGACGCACCUAGACGCUUUUUUGUUGGUUGUAGAUGGGUUUAUGAUCCCUUUACUGCAGGAUAUACUGAUAUUCUUGGUUUUCUUCUACCUCCAUUUAUGAUAGCAACACAGUUUUUCUUUACUUUAUGCUUCCUGUUAAGUCUUAUAUCAUUUUUAUUGAUAUUAUUAUUUACUCUGUGUAGUGAUCCAGAACAAAAAUAUUAUGUACAACUUAUUAUGAUAAUUGGAUAUCUACUGCUUAUUGGUGGUAUAAGUGGUGGAUUGGCAGUAAUUAUAUUUGCUUGUUUUGGGAAUACUGAAGGUUGGAUGCCUGGACAUGCUAAUAAUUUUUUUGGUUGGUCUUUUAUAAUGGCAGUUGUGGGUAGUGUACUGACUAUCAUAACAGGUGCACUUUUUCUUGUUGAAGCAAAUAUUCAACGUAAGAAACGAGAAUAUUUAAAAGAAUCUCAAACAAGAUUUCAGCUUGAAUCUCGUACAUGAUUUAAAAUAAGAUUUGCACAAUAUUUUAAUACCAAAAUUUUGUAAUAUUAUUCCGUCCAUAUAUUAGAUAAUUUUUAAUAUUAGAUUUUUUAUAUUAUUAUUUUAGUA